AACAGAGCGACAUCGACAUAGAAAAAGAGAGAAAGAAAGUGACGAAGACAGAAAGCGUGUGUCCUGCCAUCCAGCCAUGGAAGUUGAAAACGCCAACAAGAAUCCUCACGCCGCGCAGGAGCAGCAGGCAAGCCCGCUGAAAAAAAUCAUCCUCGUCGCCUCCAUUGCCGCCGGAGUCCAAUUUGGAUGGGCCCUACAACUCUCCCUCCUCACUCCCUACGUCCAGCUCCUCGGCGUCCCCCACACCUGGGCCGCCUUCAUCUGGCUUUGCGGCCCCAUCUCUGGCUUGCUCGUCCAGCCCAUCGUCGGCUAUCACAGCGACCGUUGCACUUCCCGCUUUGGACGCCGUCGCCCCUUCAUCGCUGCUGGCUCCGCCCUCGUCGCCGUCGCCGUCUUCCUCAUUGGCUACGCUGCUGAUCUUGGACACCUCACUGGAGACUCCCUUGAGAAGGCCACCAAGCCCCGUGCCGUCUCCGUCUUCGUGGUCGGUUUCUGGAUCCUCGACGUCGCCAACAACACGCUGCAAGGGCCAUGCAGGGCCCUCCUCGCCGACAUCUCGGGAUCCGACCCGAAGAGAAUGCGGACUUCCAACGCGCUGUUCGCCUUCUUCAUGGCUGUCGGAAACAUCCUCGGUUACGCCGCCGGGGCCUACAACAACCUCCACAAAAUGUUCCCCUUUACCAAGACCAAAGCCUGCGACAUCUACUGCUCCAAUCUCAAGAGCUGCUUCUUCCUCUCCAUCGCCCUCCUCAUCACCCUCACCGUAUUGGCCCUCACCAUCGUCAAGGAAACCCCCGCCGACGUCGCUCCAGACGAGCCGGAGGAGGAGUCAACGACAGCUCGAAAGGUGCCCUUUUUUGGUCAAAUGAUUGGGGCAUUCAAGGAGUUGCAGAGGCCAAUGCUGGUGUUGCUUCUGGUGACGUGUCUGAACUGGAUUGCGUGGUUCCCGUUCUUGCUGUUCGACACUGACUGGAUGGGAAAGGAAGUGUACGGCGGCCAGGUCGGUAAAGGGCGACUGUACGAUUUGGGGGUGAGAGCCGGUUCGCUCGGCCUCUUGCUAAACUCUGUCGUUUUGGGGUUCAUGUCUCUCGGGGUCGAGCAUCUCGGCCGUUGGGUUGGCGGGGUCAAGAGAUUGUGGGCUAUUGUCAACUUCUUGCUCGCCGUCUGCAUGGCCUUGACUGUUUUAAUCACUAAAUUGGCUGAAGCCAGCCGACACGGCCACAUCGGAGUUGAGCCGCCUCCGCCACCUGCCGGUAUCAAGGCGGGCGCAUUGUCUCUGUUCGCCGUGCUUGGCAUUCCUCUAGCGGUGACGUACAGUAUUCCCUUUGCUCUGGCUUCCAUAUUUUCCAGCAAUUCUGGUGCAGGCCAAGGGCUUUCUUUGGGAGUCCUAAAUCUUGCAAUUGUCGUACCACAGAUGUUUGUGUCCGUCGUAAGUGGACCGUGGGAUGAUUUGUUUGGAGGUGGUAAUUUACCGGCGUUUGUUGCCGGCGCGGUUGCUGCCGUCGCAAGUGGAAUGUUGGCUCUCUUUAUGCUACCGUCUCCGCCACCCGAUCUUCCGUCGAACAAAAAUGCAAGAGCUCCUGUUGUUGCCUUCCAUUGAUUUGCUUGCCCUACCUCUUAACUUCUUAAGAAAAAAAAUCGAUACUGUAUGCAUCCAAGCGUAAGCAGGAUAUAUUUAGUCGCAGUUUUUCUUCUUUUCUUGUAUUUAUUUCCGUCAAGGUUUUAUGUUUGUGAUAAAAGACGUCAAGGUUGAACGCCUAAAUCUUUAGCUUUGUAUAAUGAGGAAGAGCAUUUGAGUUUUCA